CAUCAUCUCCCUGCCGGGCCGGCCUCCUCCUGCAGGUGCGGCGGGUGAUGCUGCCGCGAGCCGGUGUGCUGUGUCGCCGCGCUGGCGCUGCCUCUGGGCUCUAGAAGCAGUGCCCCCUUCUAGCCCGCGCAUCCAAAGUGGGGAUCUGGCACCUGCGGCUGUGGAUGAACUCUGUACUCCGCUUUCUGCUUUCUAUCUGGAUCCAGCUCAUCUUUGCUUUCUUCUCCAACCAGAUGGCUUUCCUUUGUUCACUGAGCUCCAUUGGAUAUCCAUGUUCUUCCGGAUCUGAAAGUUCAGGCCCAUCUCAUUCAUCCAGUAACGAGGUAAUGGAUUCACAAUUUGUCUUUCAGGACAGUUCGCUUGGUUGUUUUUCCUUUCCAGAGCUUGCAAAAGUUUUGCUUCCAGCUAGACGCUUCCUGUGGUUUCUAUUGGCAACAAGUACCGAGUACCGACAAACGGAGUUCUUUAAUAGCGGAGGUGGCAGGAUUCUUUUUUUUCGACAAGGAAGUUUCCCUGAGCCUUCGUUUUCCAUUAGUUUGACUUCAAGAUAGUCCAAGUCGUCGCUAACGUCUUUAUUGCUAACAUUAUUGGAGCUACCAAACGAACAGAUGGUCUAUCUGCUACCUAAGCUGAGCUGCACAGUGGAAUUCAGUGCUAUGGAGUAGGAGAAAGGAGCUGAUCUCAGCAGGAUUUCAAGUUCAUCCGCUAACCAAGUCAAAGUUCUGUUCUGAUUUCUGAAUCUUCUCAAUGAGCACCACACAUACUCAGGAACUUAUCUGUUCGUCUUGAAAUCGUGGAGCCCAAAGGAAGCUCCUCUGAUUUUGAGAACAGAGUGAAACUUGGUGCCAUGUCUGGGGGUGGAACAUAGAAAGGGGCUUGAUCCAAGUUGGAACUCCAGGUACUGUCUGAUAAGUUUUCAGUUCUUGCUUUAUCAAGCUCGCCAGGUCCCUUCCCUGCUUUCUUCCCAGAUUAAUUUCUUCUGUCACCAAGUCACGCCAAACCCAACCCACCCCCCCCCCCCCCCCCCCCGGUCGGACUAAUCAGAAGAAGUGGCAUACUACUGCUCUGUCAGUUUUGGAGCCUUUGGGAUGGGUGUCAACUAGAGUCUUUGAAAUAUGACCGGACUGGAGGCUGCUUUAGCAACUGCACUGUUGAAGCUUGCUGGUAACAAGCUAGUUCCACUUAUUACUAGCGAUUUGCUUCCAUAGCAGGUGUGACAAAAGAUCUCUCUGAGCUCCAAGAUAUACUUGGAGAGAUUACAAGGUGUCUUUCAGCAAUUCGUGAUAGAGACAUAGACAGUUGCCCAUCAUUUCUCUGGGUGAAAAAAUUGAAAGAUGUAGCUUAUGAUAUUGUUGAUUUACUAGAUGAUGUUCAUCUAGAUGCUGAGAAAUACAAAACCGGCAGUGAUUAUGAUGGCAACCAUGGUAUAGGUCAUUACUUCUGUUCAAAACCAAAGUCAUUUCUGUUCCGAUGCAAGAUGGCAUAUAAAGUCAAGGGAAUUAAGGUGAGGUUUGCUGCAAUUGUGAAACAAAGAAGCGACAUCAAUACUAUACUUCAUAAUUUACCAUUGGAUUAUUAUGUUAUGAGCAGAAACAGGGGAACUGCAGAGUUGUCUUUGUUGAGUAGUGUCGAAGAAUCAAAAAUACCCAGAAGGGAUAAAGAGAAAGAUGAGAUUAUAUGUAAGAUUGUAGAAUGCAGCGCAGGAGAUAAUGGUUGGAUAGUUUCUAUUGUUGGGCUAGGUGGGUCUGGCAAGACUACUUUGGCCAAACACAUCUGCCAUGACAACAAGGUAAAGCAGCACUUUAACGAUACAAUAUUUCGGAUCCACGUAUCUCAAGAAUUUCACAUGGAAAAGCUUAUCAGCAAGCUAUUUGAAGCUAUCACUAAACAAAAGUCAGACAAUCAUGCACGGCAGCACAUGGUCGAAAAAAUUUCAAAGAAGUUGAGUGGUAAGAAGUUUCUUCUUGUCCUUGAUGAUGCAUGGCAUGAGGACAAGGAUGACUGGGAACAAUUCAUGCUACAUAUAAACAGCGGUGCACCUGGAAGCAAGAUUUUGCUAACUACUCGUAAUCAAAAGGUUGCAAGUGCAGUUAAAUCAACACAUAUAUUCCACUUGACGUUCUUAUCAGAUUCUGAGAGCUGGAACUUGUUCCUUCAAUGUUCUGGGUGGGCAGAGGAAGAUUUGGGAUCUGAGUUCAUAUGGGUCGGUAAAGAGAUUGUGAAGAGAUGUGGUGGGGUACCUCUAGCAAUCAAAACUCUUGGCAGUGUCCUCCAUGACAAGAAGGAUAUAAAUACUUGGAAGGCUAUAAAAGAGAGCAAUUUAUGGAAUGUUGAGAGUAUAAAUGAAAGAGUGUUUGCAUCCUUGAAAUUGAGCUACUUUCACUUGGCAGAUAAUCUGAAGCAAUGCUUUACAUUCUGCUCUAUAUUCCCAAAAGGCUAUAAAAUCAUAAAAAGUCAUUUGAUUGCCCAAUGGAUAGCCCACGGCUUUAUCAAUCUGAUGAAUAAAGGCGAUCCAGAAGAUAUAGGAAGUGACUACUUUGAUUCUCUUGUGAAAGUGGGCUUUCUUCAAGAUUCUUUCCAGAUUUGGUACAAUGAUCAAUUAGUAUACAAGAUGCAUGACCUUAUUCAUGAUCUUACCCAACUAGUUUUACAGGAUGAAUUAGUGACAUCUGUACCGAACACUAUUACCACAAACUGUACUCCUAGAUGCAGAUAUUUAUCUUUGACGUCAUCUGCCGAGAAGGUUAACAAGAGCUUAUUUGACAAGGUCCGUGCUCUUUAUGUAUAUGGUGGUGACACAUCGUUUGACAAAUCUAUUAAGAGUAGUUUCUACAUCUGCAGUGUUAUUCUGCAGUCAACAGUUGUUGGUCAAUUUUCCAUAUUGAAAUCGGAGUAUCUUGGUUAUCUUGAAAUUUGUCACAUUAGUUUCACAGAAUUUCCAGAAGCUAUCUCAGGCUGUUGGAACUUGCAGGCGCUUCAUGUUAUGUAUUGUGGAGGUCUCAUGAGGUUGCCUGAGUCUAUUGGCAAGCUUAAGAGGCUGAGAACUCUGGAGUUAUUGAUAUGCAAUGACUUUGAGAGCUUGCCUCAGUCUAUUGGUGAUUGUCGAGAACUUCAAAGCUUGCAACUAUAUUUCUGUGCAAAUCUCAGAGAGAUACCAAACUCCAUAUGUAGACUUGAAAAUCUUAAGGUGCUGCAUAUUGCUGCAUCUCCAGCUGUGCAGCAACUUCCAUCAAAACUGGUUGGUGAACUUAGCAACUUACAGACACUAAAUUUAUCUGGUUGUUCAAAUCUUAAAGACCUGCCAAGCGCAUUUGCUUGUUGUAGACUAUGUAACUUGGUGCUGUCUAAUACUAACAUUACUGUACUUCCUCAAUGGAUCACUUUGAUUGGUACUCUAGAGUGUAUAGAGCUUGAGUACUGCACAGAACUUGCUGAGUUGCCUACAGAUAUAGGGAACUUGGAAAAGCUGGAAGUUCUGAAUAUACAGGGUUGCUGGAGACUCUGUGGCAUGCCAUUAGGGUUUGGACAACUGAUCCGUUUAAGGAGUCUUGGCUUGUUUGUUGUCAGAUGUGGUGAAAAUGAUGCUAGCAUCUUGGAGCUUGAAAAUCUUGAUAUGUUAUGUGGUCACUUGGAAAUUACGAACCUUAGAUAUUUGAGGGAUCCAAGAUAUACGGGGAGAAGGCUUGCUUGAAGCAAAAAAAAAAAACUUAAAAUGUUUGAAAUUGACAUGGCGGUCUUCAAGUGGAAUGGAAGAAGAAUUAGUAUUAGACAUGGAACAUGAUCUGGGUGUGCUGUGUGCUCUUGAACCACCACCAGAAAUUACAAUAUUGGAACGCCGA